UGGGUACAUGGAAAACUCCAUUUCCUACAGUGCUAUUGAAGAUGUUCAACUGCUCUCCUGGGAGAAUGCCCCAAAGUACUGUUUACAGCUCACUAUCCCGGGGGGUACUGUCUUAUUGCAGGCUGCAAACAGUUACCUGAGGGAUCAGUGGUUCCAUUCUUUGCAGUGGAAGAAAAAGAUUUACAAGUACAAGAAGGUGCUCAGUAACCCCGGUCGUUGGGAGGUGGUGUUGAAGGAGAUCAGGACACUGGUGGACAUGGCGCUGACGUCGCCGCUUCAGGAUGACUCCAUUCACCAAGCACCACUGGAGAUUGUCUCAAAACUGCUCUCAGAGAACAACAACUUGACCACUCAAGACCACGAGAGCAUUAUUGUGGCAAUUGCACCUUUGCUGGAAAACAACCACCCUCCUCCUGACCUCUGUGAAUUCUUCUGCAAGCACUGCCGAGAGCGCCCCCGGUCCAUGGUUGUGAUAGAAGUGUUCACACCGGUGGUACAGAGGAUUCUCAAACACAACAUGGAUUUUGGGAAGUGCCCUCGGUUGCGGCUGUUUACUCAGGAGUAUAUUCUGGCUUUGAAUGAGCUGAAUGCUGGAAUGGAGGUGGUGAAGAAGUUUAUUCAUAGCAUGCAUGGUCCAACUGGACAAUGCCCCCAUCCCAGGGUCCUGCCAAAUCUUGUAGCUGUCUGCUUAGCAGCCAUUUAUUCAUGUUACGAGGAAUUUAUCAACAGUCGAGACAAUUCGCCAAGUCUGAAGGAAAUUCGGAAUGGCUGCCAGCAGCAGUGUGACCGAAAGCCUAAUCUGCCCCUCCGCCUUCUUCAUACAAGUCCUGACCUGGUCUCUCAAGAGGCCACCUUGACUGAAUCCCGUCUCAAACCAGUUAUUGUCACUUCAAACGAGAUCCACGUGGAAGUAGAGCGCAACAACACAGCUAAUCAGAAGAUGACAGCAAACGUUGGCAAUGACAGCGAGCCCAACUUGAUUGACUGCUUGAUGGUCAGUCCUACGUGCAGCACCAUGAGCAUUGAGCUGAGUGCCCAGGCAGACAGGAUUCUUGGCUGUUACGUUGAAAUACUCAAGAUGCUGUCAGACUACGAUGACUGGAGACCAGCCCUGGCCAGCUUGCUUCAACCUAUCCCGUUUCCCAAGGAGGCUCUUGCACAUGAGAAAUUCACAAAGGAGCUGAAAUAUGUAAUUCAGAGAUUUGCAGAAGACCCGAGGCAAGAAGUCCACUCCUGUUUGCUGAGUGUGCGGGCUGGCAAAGACGGCUGGUUCCAGCUCUACAGCCCUGGAGGAGUGGCAUGUGAUGAUGAUGGAGAGCUGUUUGCCAGUAUGGUACGUGUCUGCAGUGAUGUUCAUAUUUUAAUGGGAUCCUGCUAUAAAACAAAGAAGUUCCUGCUUUCACUGGCUGAAAAUAAACUAGGACCUUGCAUGCUACUGGCUUUGAGGGGUAACCAGACGAUGGUAGAGAUUUUGUGUUUGAUGCUGGAAUACAACAUCAUCGAUAAUAACGACACCCAGCUCCAGAUCAUCUCUACCCUGGAAAGCACAGACGUGGGAAAGAGAAUGUAUGAACAGCUGUGUGACAGGCAGAGGGAGUUAAAAGAGUUGCAAAGAAAAGGUGGUCCCACAAGGUUAACACUGCCAUCCAAGUCCACAGAUGCAGACCUGGCCCGCUUGCUAAGCUCAGGAUCUUUUGGAAAUUUGGAAAACCUCAGCCUGGCCUUUACCAAUGUGACAAGUGCUUGUGCUGAGCACCUCAUUAAACUGCCUUCACUCAAGCAGCUGAACCUGUGGUCAACUCAGUUUGGAGAUGCAGGAUUGCGGCUUCUGUCCGAACACCUCACGAUGCUGCAAGUGCUCAACCUGUGCGAGACUCCUGUCACGGACGCUGGGCUGCUGGCACUAAGCUCCAUGAAGAGCCUGUGUAGUUUAAAUAUGAACAGCACCAAACUUUCAGCAGAUACCUACGAAGAUCUCAAGGCUAAGCUACCCAAUCUGAAAGAAGUGGACGUCCGCUACACCGAAGCGUGGUGAACUCUCCCUGCGUCCGACUCUUCUCUUUUGCUUCUCAUGAGAAGGAGAAGGUUUUUAAAACAAACAGAGAAAAAACAAAAACCAGAAAAUAACUUUUGGCUAAUACCUGUAGAGCAGUGAGUCCUGGGACUUGGUGGUAGGAGUCGUGGUUGUGGGGUAGAGCAGUGGCGUUGUGUGUGUCCGGGGCAAACGGGGCGAGCCUGGACCCGGCUGGAGCCGAAUUCUUUCAGCUUUGUGAUUUUGGAAUCAAUUGAAAAUGAAAAGGAAAAAACCAAACAAACAAA